GGUUUUCUAAGUUUUAAGUUUGUAAUCAAAGAUUGUAUCACAACUCAAGAUAAAUAAAAGUGUUCCAGGCAGCAAGUCCAGAGAAGGCAGUAAGACCGUUGGUAAACCUCAGUUGUGUCCAAUUAGAAUCGGUUAGUAUCUCUUCUGUAAUGAGUUUAAAUAUAGAUUAAAUCAUGGCGUCUUCGUUUAGAAAACUUUUUAAAUCAAAAAAUGCAUCAACCUCUUCAAAUUCAACAAUUAACUCAAGAGAAAUUAUGUCAAAAAUAACAACGUUUAAUCAAGAAAUAUCAAGAGAUCAUUUACCGCAUAUUAAUCCAGAACAUAUAUAUCAAAUAGGAACUUUUGAUUUUAAAACAGCUUAUUCAAUUAAAGAACAUGAGCAAACUUUGUCUCUACAAAAUGAAUUUGAAGAAAUUAAGUUAUUAUCUUCUCUAGCUUUGGAAAAAUAUAAGCAAAAAGGAUUUAAUUACAUUCAUUUUGGUCUAAUCCAAAUUGCUAUAAAACCCUUAUCAAGAACAGGUAUAGACUCGCCAAUAUUAAUGUUAUUAAGACAUAAAACUCUCUUAAAAUUUGAAGACUCUCUUUUAGGAGCAGUACAAUCAAAUUUAUGCAAUGGUGCUGUAUAUUUUAAUUGUGCCCCUAACUUUCAAGUAAGCUUGCAUGACCCAACCAUACUCAAUACUUUAACUUUAAAUGUACAUUUACCUGAAAUAAAAUUUCAAAAUGAAAGACAUGGAUAUCUUCUACUUUAUCGAGUUUAUUUUAAGCAAUCAACUUCUGAGUUUAACCCAAGAUGUCUAUUACAAGAUGAUAAAGGAGAAACAACAAUUCUAGCAGUCCAUAGUAAAGAUACACCAACAGCUACAUACACACCAAAGCAAUUAAAAUGGGAUGAAAUAACUAUUCCAGAUCAAUGGAAAAUUGAAAUUACUCAACCGCCUAGAAAUUUUGAGCAAAAGAAUAUAUCUAAAAUAAUUGAGCAGAAAGAUGGAAAAAUAUUAUUAAGGUUUGGAUCUUAUAGGGAUCCACUUCCACCUAGAAUAAGUUCGUAUCAUUCAAGAGCCUCUUUUUCUGAAUAUCGUACGGGUCAAUCCAGUACAAAUUCAGAAACGGAAAGUGUAAAUCAAAACUCUAAACAAGAUGAACCGAUAAGAUUUAAAGCACCAAUAGCAGAACCAGAUCAAGAUGCAUAUCCAACAUCACCUACUCCAUCAGAUUUUAGAUCAAUAAAUGUUAUAACUAAAAAAUACGAAAUUGAUAAACAAUAUAUAAGAGAAGACUUUUAUUCAAAAGAAAAUGAAGAAAAACGAAGUUGGUAUUUUAAAACUUUCUCUAAACAACAAACCAAUGAGUACAGAGAAAAAUGGUAUGAUUGUAUGAUACUAAAAGAAAUGAAUAUUCCAUUUUUCGUAUGGUUUGAAAUUUAUUCAAUAGCUCAUAAUAUCAAUUAUCCAUUCAAGACGAUUAAUGCGAGUAUAUCAUUAAGCCAAGUAUGGGAACAAGUGGAUGGAAAUAAAAUUAAAGCAAUUCAUCCACCUUUAAAUGAUUUAAAGAUAAAUACUUUAAACCGACAAAUUCUAGCUACACCCUUACCAGGAUGAGUCACUUUGUAAGAAGCUUGAUUUUGAUACAUAAAAUGGAGGGGAAACACCAGGAUGUUGAAUAAAUCUCAUAGGAGUUGGGAUGAAGAAGUUAUCCCACUUUCAAAUCAGGUGAUUCCAGUUUCCCAAUUUGGGAAUAGGACAGCUUCUUCGUCGUUCCAAU